AUGCCUUUACUGGAGUCAUGCUCAAAACCCUCAUCCGAGGAGGAGGCUUGGCAAAACAGGCUCCUCACCAGCAUUGAUAUAUGCAAUGAUCAUCUUACUGUCUUACUUAAAUUGUUAGCAGUGUCGCGAGACGAAAGGGGAUACGCAAACGUGAUGGUCACGAUUCAGUGCUUUGUACCCCAAGCAUUUGAAGACCGCCACGUCGGUGAUGAGCUUGCUCUGGAGAUCUUCAAACUGGCAAUAGAAAACAGAGUAAAGGAAAAGCUACGAAGCAUUGAAUCCAUCCAUGGUUACGGCUGGAAUGCUGAUUCUUCGCGUUUAGUUGCCUACUGGUAUGGGCAGGAGAAACCUGAACUACCUCCAGCAUUACGAUACUCUCCUUUUGUUGAACUUCGAAAACUGCACUAUGACCCUCUUCACUGGUAA